CUGGGACUGAUCGUCGACUGCAGGGUUGCACGACUGGCGGACCGCUCGGGUAGUGGAUUGUGGACGAGGUCAUCAAUCCCACACCCUGUCACCCACAGGCAAUGUCAUUACCAUAGCAGACGGGCCCCCUCGUGGCGGCCAGGCUUGUGCAACACGCCUGCUCGUUCCAAAACGUCCACGGUUACACGACGGAUCUGGUGUUACAAUGGCGCGCCCUCUAAGUCCUGUUGUUGCUUCUCUUGCUGCCGUGGCGCUGCUCCUCGUCGUCUGGACCAUCUUUUCCACCGUCCGCCAGUAUUUCCGGCUGCGGCACAUCAAGGGACCAGCCGGCACGGGAAUCUCGAAAUGGUGGCUUAUCCGGUCUGUCGGCGGUGGAAGGACCCAUCUGGACAUGUAUGAGGUCUGCGAGAAAUACGGUUCGACCGCCCGUGUCGGGCCCGAAUAUCUGAUCACCAGCGAUCCCGACCUCAUGAAGCACAUGCUGAAUGUGCGCACCCCCUACAAGCGAUCGAACUGGUACGAUGGUAUGAGACUCGAUCCGAACAAGGACAACGUCCUAUCCAUGAGAAAUGACGAGCUGCACGGAAAGCUGCGUUUGAAGAUGGCCGCGGGGUACUCGGGCAAGGAGGUCGAAAACCUCGAGGCAAAGAUCGACGAGAACCUGCUUCGCCUGAUCAACCUCCUCGACACCAAAUACGUAUCCGCCGACAAGCCAUUCGACUUUGCCCGAAAGACGCAGUACUUCACCCUCGACGUCAUCUCCGACAUUGCCUUUGGGAAGCCGUUUGGUGACGUCGCCACCGAUUCGGAUGUCUACGAAUACGUGUCGACGAUGGAGAGCAGCAUGCCCACCAUCAUCGUGACUACGGUCCUACCGUGGAUCAUCGCCAUGAUGCAGUCCCCGCUUUUCAAGAGCAUGGUUCCGUCCGAUAAGGACUCGAUCGGCCUUGGAAAGAUAAUGGCGAUUGCCAAACAAGUUGCCGCCGAGCGAUUCGGGCCGGACAGGAAGACCCAGAAAGACAUGCUAGGCUCGUUUGUGGCUCGUGGACUCACCCAGUCCGAGUGCGAGUCCGAGAUCCUGAUGCAAAUCUUGGCGGGAUCCGACACGACCGCAACAGCCAUCCGCGCGACGAUGCUGUACAUCACCACCAACCCGCGCGUCGUCCACGCCCUGCGCGCCGAGAUCGACGCCGCCCGGCUCUCGUGGCCCGUCAUCGCCGACGCCGAGGCGCGCGACAUGCCCUACCUGCAGGCCGUGAUCAAGGAGGGCCUGCGCAUCUACCCGCCCGUCACCGGCCUCAUGGCCAAGGAGGUGCCCCCCGGCGGCGACACGUUCAAGGGCGUCUUCCUGCCGGGCGGCACCAAGAUCGGCUACUGCGCGUGGGGCAUCUUCCGGCGGGCCGAUGUCUGGGGCGAGGACUCGCACGAAUUCCGGCCCGAGAGGUGGCUGGACGCGUCACCCGAGAAGCUGCGCCAGAUGGAGGACACGCUGGAACUGGUGUUUGGCUACGGCAGGUGGCAGUGUCUGGGGAAGAAUGUGGCGCUCAUGGAGCUGAAUAAGGUAUUUGUUGAGCUUCUGAGGAGGUUCGACUUUGUCCUUGUCGACCCUACGAAUCCCUGGCACUCCAUCAACUGUGGCAUCUUCCUGCAAUCCGAGAACUGGAUCAGAGCUUACAAGCGAAGUGAAGUGGCGGCCUAAAUGAUCAUUUCCCGCUGGUCAGCCAGCGCCUUUCAAAUUGGCCCUCCCUUUGCAUAACUUCCUAUUUCUUACCCGUCAACGGCCUAUGAAGCGACGACAGUUUUCUCUCACCGCACAUACCA